GGAGGGGCAUUGCUACUACGGCGAUCGCCACCUCACGCUGAAGGAAUGCUCGAAGUAUGCACACGUUCCCAAAAGUAGACCUCCUUCACCGCCGAAGAGCAUACAUCACCCGUGGCAGCCUUCCACCUUCUCAGGCGUUUCGUAACCGAGUAAACUGAGAGCCGGGAACAGCCCUCUAUUAAGUAGCCCGCGGUGCGGAGCCUCUUCCCAGUCGGCGAAGGCGGCCGCCGCAGACCCGUCUGCCAGCAGCUGCAGUCAGUUCCCCUGCCUCCGCUCCUUGCUCCAGGCGCGGCUCCUCGGUGCUCCCGCCGCCCUUCCCACCCCCGCGGCCGCCAGGUGCUCCCAAGCGCAGCGCUCUCCCGGGCUCGAGGGGGUACCACGCGCCGGCUGCUGGACGCCCACUCCCUCUGUCACCGCCGGCUCAGAUCCCUUCAUGAGGCUGUGAAUUGAGGCCCAGCCAUGCAGACCAGGCUUCCCCGAGCGCUGGCCGCCCUGGGCGUGGCUCUACUCCUGUCUUCCAUUGAGGCAGAAGUUGACCCACCUUCCGACUUGAAUUUUAAAAUUAUAGAUGAAAAUACUGUUCAUAUGUCCUGGGAGAGACCAGCUGACCCGAUUGUGGGCUACAGAAUAACAGUGGUCUCUACAACAGAUGAUCACACUAAAGAAUUUACCCUCGCUGCUGGUAGCACUGAAACUCUGUUAUCAGAUCUUAUGACUGAAACACAGUAUGUGGUGACUAUAACUUCCUAUGAUGAAGUGGAAGAAAGUGUGCCAGUUAUUGGCCAGCUAACAAUUCAAACAGGUGGACCAAUAAAGCCAGGGGAGAAGAAACCUGGAAAAAUAGAGAUACAAAAGUGCUCUGUCAGUGCCUGGACAGACUUAGUGUUUCUUGUGGAUGGCUCCUGGAGUGUGGGAAGAAAUAACUUCAAGUACAUUUUAGACUUCAUUGCUGCCCUUGUGUCUGCAUUUGACAUUGGGGAGGAGAAGACAAGGGUUGGAGUUGUUCAGUACAGCUCGGAUACCAGGACUGAAUUUAACUUAAAUCAGUAUUACCGAAGAGAAGAUCUGCUUGCUGCAAUUAAAAAAAUACCAUACAAAGGUGGCAACACAAUGACAGGGGAUGCCAUUGAUUACUUAGUUAAAAACACUUUCACUGAAUCUGCUGGCUCAAGAGCUGGAUUUCCUAAAGUGGCAAUUAUUAUCACGGAUGGCAAAUCUCAGGACGAAGUGGAAAUUUCAGCACGGGAGCUUCGGAAUAUCGGAGUUGAGGUUUUCUCUCUGGGCAUUAAAGCUGCAGAUGCAAAAGAACUCAAACAAAUUGCAUCCACACCUUCCUUGAACCAUGUUUUCAAUGUGGCCAACUUUGACGCGAUUGUAGACAUUCAAAAUGAGAUCAUCUCCCAGGUGUGUUCAGGAGUUGAUGAGCAACUUGGUGAACUGGUUAGUGGAGAAGAAGUCAUCGAGCCUCCCUCAAAUCUGGUUGUCACAGAACUCUCAUCAAAAUACAUUAGGCUGAGCUGGCAUCCAUCUCCCAGUGCUGUGACUGGCUAUAAGGUCCUCCUUACACCAAUGGUCGCAGGGAGCCGACAUCACGCUUUGAGUGUGGGGCCUCAGACGACCACGCUCAAUGUUCGUGACCUCUCAGCUGACACAGAGUACCAGAUCAGCGUUUUUGCCAUGAAGGGACUGACAUCUAGUGAGCCUAUUUCCGUAAUGGAAAAGACUCAGCCCAUGAAAGUUCAAGUGGAAUGUUCACGUGGUGUGGAUAUAAAAGCUGAUAUCGUGUUCUUGGUUGAUGGCUCCUAUAGCAUCGGGAUUGCAAACUUUGUUAAAGUUAGAGCCUUUUUGGAAGUUCUUGCAAAAAGCUUUGAGAUUUCACCAAACAGGGUGCAGAUAAGUCUUGUCCAGUACAGCAGAGACCCUCACACCGAGUUCACACUGAAGGAAUUUAACAGAGUUGAAGAUAUAAUCAAAGCAAUAAACACCUUCCCCUACAGAGGAGGAUCCACAAACACAGGGAAAGCAAUGACUUAUGUCAGAGAGAAAAUAUUUGUGCCCAACAAAGGGUCGAGAAGCAACGUACCGAAGGUGAUGAUUCUCAUUACGGAUGGGAAGUCGUCAGAUGCUUUCAGGGACCCUGCUAUAAAACUCAGGAACUCGGAUGUGGAGAUCUUUGCAGUUGGUGUGAAGGAUGCUGUGCGCUCAGAACUGGAAGCUAUUGCCUCUCCUCCUGCUGAGACCCAUGUGUUCACAGUGGAGGAUUUUGAUGCCUUUCAAAGGAUAUCGUUCGAACUCACACAGUCUAUCUGUCUUAGAAUUGAGCAAGAGUUGGCAGCCAUAAAGAAGAAAGCAUAUGUGCCACCAAAAGACUUGCGCUUCUCUCAGAUAACUGCUAAUAGCUUCAAAGCUGAAUGGUCUCCUGCUGGAGAAAAUGUUUUUUCAUAUCACGUCACCUACAAGGAUGCUGGCGGGGAUGAGGAGGUCACAGUGGUGGAGCCAGCCUCGAGCACCAAUGCUGUUCUCAGCAACUUGAAGCCGGAGACCCUGUACUUGGUAAAUGUGACUGCGGAGUAUGAAGGUGGCUUCAGUGUCCCCUUGGCUGGAGAGGAGACCACAGCUGAAGUAAAAGGAGUCCCGCGAAACCUGAAGGUGACAGAUGAGACGACGGACAGUUUUAAAAUUACCUGGUCUCAAGCUCCAGGCCGAGUCUUAAGGUAUCGGAUUAUAUACAGACCAGCUUCUGGUGGAGAAAGCAAAGAAGUUAGCACUCCAGCCAACCAGAGGAGGAAAACACUGGAGAACCUGACGCCAGACACAAAAUAUGAAAUAUCUGUAAUUCCUGAAUAUUCCUCAGGACCUGGUAUACCACUCACAGGAAACGCAGCCACUGAAGAAGUUAGAGGGAAUCCAAGAGACUUAAGAGUUUCUGACGCGACCACAUCAACUCUGAAGUUGUCUUGGAGUCGGGCACCAGGAAAAGUGAAGCAGUAUCUCGUCACGUACACCCCGGCAGCAGGAGGUGACACUCAAGAGGUCACUGUGAGGGGAGAUACAACCACCAUGGUGUUGAGAAGAUUGAAGGAAGGAACACAGUAUGACUUAUCCGUGACCGCGUUGUACGCGUCUGGGGCUGGGGAAGCCCUUUCUGGAAAAGGAACAACGCUUGAAGAACGUGGUUCACCUCAGGAUCUAGUUACUAAAGACAUCACGGACACUUCAAUUGGGGCCUAUUGGACAUCUGCUCCAGGAAUGGUUCGAGGGUACAGGGUCUCCUGGAAGUCGCUUUAUGAUGACAUUGAGGCUGGAGAGAAAAACCUUCCUGGAGACGCCAUUCACACAAUGAUAGAGAAUCUGCAGCCAGAGACCAAGUACAAAAUUUCAGUUUUUGCAACUUACAGCAGUGGAGAAGGAGAGCCCGUGACUGGAGAUGCCACAACAGAAUUAUCCCAAGAUUCCAAAGUCUUAAAAGUGGAUGAAGAAACAGAACACACAAUGAGAGUUACUUGGAAACCGGCGCCAGGGAAAGUGGUCAACUACCGGGUUGUGUAUCGCCCUCAAGGAGGAGGGAGGCAAAUGGUGGCUAAGGUGCCACCCACAGUCACCUCAACAGUGCUGAAGAGACUUCAACCCCAGACCACAUAUGACAUCACAGUCCUCCCAAUCUACAAGACAGGAGAAGGAAAGCUCAGACAAGGAUCAGGAACAACAGCCUCUCGAUUUAAAUCACCAAGAAACCUCAAAACUUCUGACCCAACAAUGUCAAGUUUCAGGGUGACUUGGGAGCCUGCCCCUGGGGAAGUGAAAGGAUACAAAGUCACAUUCCACCCUACUGGUGAUGACAGAAGACUUGGGGAGUUGGUCCUUGGACCAUAUGACAACACCGUUGUCUUGGAGGAGCUUAGGGCAGGUACCACCUAUAGAGUCAAUGUUUUUGGAAUGUUUGAUGGAGGAGAAAGUUUGCCUCUCGUUGGGCAGGAAAUGACAACCCUUUCGGACACAACUGUGACACCAUUUUUAUCUUCUGGGAUGGAAUGUCUCACCAGAGCCGAAGCAGACAUCGUGCUCCUGGUGGAUGGGUCCUGGAGCAUUGGUCGCACAAAUUUUAGAACCGUGAGAAACUUCAUUUCUCGUAUCGUGGAAGUCUUUGAAAUUGGUCCCAAGAGAGUACAGAUUGCCCUCGCUCAGUACAGUGGAGACCCCAGAACCGAGUGGCAGUUAAAUGCUCACAGAGACAAGAAGAGUUUAUUACAGGCUGUGGCUAACUUACCGUACAAAGGAGGAAAUACCCUCACAGGCAUGGCUUUGAAUUUCAUUCGCCAACAGAACUUCAAGACCCAAGCUGGCAUGAGGCCUCGUGCUCGCAAAAUUGGAGUUCUCAUUACCGAUGGAAAAUCACAAGAUGACGUAGAGGCUCCAUCCAAGAAACUCAAGGAUGAAGGCGUGGAGCUUUUUGCUAUUGGUAUUAAGAAUGCUGAUGAAGUUGAGUUAAAGAUGAUUGCUACUGACCCAGAUGACAUCCAUGCAUACAAUGUGGCAGAUUUUGAGUCAUUAUCCAAGAUCGUGGAUGACCUCACCAUCAACUUGUGUAACAGUGUCAAGGGCCCUGGUGACUUGGAAGCACCAUCUAACUUGGUUAUUUCAGAGAGAACUCACCGUUCUUUUAGAGUGAGCUGGACACCCCCUUCUGACAGUGUGGACAGGUACAAGGUGGAAUACUACCCUGUCUCCGGAGGGAAACGCCAGGAGUUUUAUGUGAGUCGACUAGAAACCAGCACAGUGCUGAGAGAUCUAAAGCCUGAGACUGAGUAUGUGGUGAACGUGUACUCUGUGGUUGAAGAUGAGUACAGCGAGCCUCUGAAGGGCACAGAGAAAACCCUUCCAGUCCCUGUAGUUAGUCUGAACAUUUAUGAUGUUGGCCCUACCACUAUGCAUGUGCAAUGGCAGCCUGUGGGAGGAGCUACUGGCUACACUGUAUCACACCAACCUGCAAGAGCUCCAGAAGCAACAAAACCCAAAGAGAUGCGUGUGGGGCCAGCAGUGAAUGACGUGCAGCUGACUGGUCUCCUUCCUAACACGGAGUAUGAGGUCACCGUCCAGGCUGUCCUGCACGACCUUACUAGUGAACCAGCCAAAGCUCGAGGAGUCACCUUACCCUUACCUAGACCUCAAAAUGUGAAGCUCAGAGACGUGACGCAUAGCACCAUGAACGUCAUCUGGGAACCUGUGCUUGGAAAAGUUCGUAAAUACAUCAUCAGGUAUAAAACUCCAGAAGAGGAGUUCAAGGAGGUGGAAGUAGAUAGAUCGAGGGCCAGCAUCACCCUCAAAGACCUCUCCUCUCAGACCCCGCACACAGUGAGUGUUUCUGCAGUGUACGACGAGGGCGAAUCACCCCCGGCGACUGCUCAUGAGACAACCCGGCCUGUUCCAGCCCCAACAAACCUACAGUUUACUGAAGUAACACCGGAGAGUUUCAGGGGAACUUGGGAGCAUGGAGCUUCAGAUGUGUCUCUCUACAGAAUAACCUGGGCACCUGUUAGAAGUCCAGAUAAGAUGGAGACCAUCUUAAAUGGAGAUGAGAACACCUUGCUGUUUGAAAAUCUGAACCCCAACACUCAGUAUGAAGUGUCCAUUACUGCCAUCUACCCCGACGAGUCUGAGAGUGAUGACCUGAGUGGCACUGAGCGCACACUGCGUUUGAUACCCUUAACAACCCAAGCUCCAAAAAGUGGUCCACGGAACCUUCAGGUGUACAAUGCCACAUCUAACAGCUUGACGGUUAAGUGGGAUCCUGCUAGUGGCCGUGUGCAGAGAUACAGAAUCACGUAUCAGCCUUCAACAGGAGAAGGCAACGAACAGACGACCACAGUAGGGGGACGGCAGAACAGCGUGGUCCUGCAGAAACUGAGGCCUGAUACUCCGUACACCAUCACCGUGUCCUCCCAGUAUCCCGACGGUGAAGGUGGCCGGAUGACCGGGAGGGGCAAGACAAAACCUCUGAAUACCGUGAGGAACUUGAGAGUGUAUGACCCUUCCACCAGCACCUUGAGUGUUCGCUGGGACCAUGCAGAGGGCAAUCCUCGACAGUACAAACUCUUCUAUGCCCCUGCAGGUGGCCCAGAAGAACUGGUACCCAUCCCCGGCAAUACCAACUAUGCCAUUCUCAGGAACUUGCAGCCAGACACUCCAUACACAAUCACAGUGGUUCCUGCCUACACAGAAGGCGAUGGUGGGCGCACAUCAGACACUGGAAGGACAUUGGUGAGAGGACUGGCAAGAAAUAUCCAAGUAUACAACCCUACGCCCAACAGCCUUGAUGUCCGCUGGGACCCUGCUCCAGGCCCAGUGCAGCAGUACCGGGUUGUAUACUCCCCUGUUGCUGGCACAAGACCAUCAGACUCUAUUGUGGUGCCAGGGAAUACCCGCACGGUGCAUCUGGAGAGGCUGACUCCUGACACACCCUACUCUGUGAACAUUGUGGCUCUCUACUCAGACGGAGAGGGGAAUCCCAGCCCCAGCCAGGGCAGAACACUUCCACGAAGUGGACCAAGAAAUCUACGUGUCUUUGGAGAGACGACCAACAGCCUCUCUGUUGCCUGGGACCAUGCUGAUGGGCCAGUUCAGCAAUAUAGGAUCAUUUUUUCUCCUACCGUCGGUGACCCAGUUGAUGAAUAUACCACAGUUCCGGGCAGGAGAAACAAUGCAAUACUGCAGCCGCUGCAACCUGACACUCCAUAUAAGAUCACUGUCAUUGCCAUUUACGAAGAUGGAGAUGGUGGCCAUCUAACCGGAAAUGGAAGGACUGUGGGACUGCUUCCUCCUCAGAACAUACACAUCUCUGAUGAGUGGUAUACAAGGUUCCGAGUGUCCUGGGACCCUUCCCCCUCACCAGUUCUUGGAUAUAAAAUUGUGUACAAGCCAGUUGGUUCCAACGAGCCCAUGGAAGCCUUUGUUGGAGAAGUGACAUCAUACACGUUGCACAAUCUCCACCCCAGCACUACCUAUGACGUCAGUGUUUAUGCACAGUAUGACUCCGGACUCAGUGUUCCCCUCACAGAUCAAGGCACCACGUUGUACUUAAAUGUGACAGAUCUGAAAACUUACCAGGUUGGAUGGGAUACAUUCUGUGUCAAAUGGUCACCUCACCGGGCAGCUACCUCCUACAGGCUAAAACUGAGCCCUUCAGAUGGAACCAGAGGACAAGAAAUUACAGUGCGAGGAUCAGAGACCAGUCAUUGCUUCACUGGCCUCUCCCCAGAGGCUGAGUAUAGUGUCACUGUUUUUGUGCAGACACCAAAUCUCGAGGGUCCGGGCGUCCCCAUCAAAGAACAGACCACUGUGAAACCAACAGAGGCUCCUACAGAACCCCCCACGCCUUCUCCUCCUCCCACUAUUCCACCUGCCCGUGAUGUAUGCAAAGGGGCGAAGGCAGACAUUGUGUUCUUGACGGAUGCCUCUUGGAGUAUUGGAGAUGACAAUUUUAACAAAGUUGUAAAAUUUAUCUUUAAUACUGUGGGGGCCUUUGAUGAAGUCAACCCUGGUGGGAUUCAGGUUUCUUUUGUGCAGUACAGUGAUGAGGUCAAGUCUGAAUUCAAGCUGAACACAUACAACGACAAGGCUUUAGCUCUGGGGGCCCUUCAGAACAUCCGGUACAGAGGAGGGAACACAAGAACAGGCAAAGCCCUCACGUUUAUCAAGGAGAAAGUCCUGACCUGGGAGAGUGGCAUGAGGAAGAAUGUCCCAAAGGUGCUGGUUGUGGUCACAGAUGGCCGGUCCCAGGAUGAGGUGAAGAAGGCAGCAUUUGUCAUCCAGCAGUCAGGGUUCAGUGUAUUCGUCGUUGGCGUGGCUGAUGUAGACUACAAUGAGCUCGCCAACAUCGCCAGCAAGCCCAGUGAGAGGCACGUGUUCAUCGUGGAUGACUUCGAGUCUUUUGAGAAGAUUGAGGACAAUCUUAUCACGUUUGUUUGUGAAACCGCCACUUCAAGUUGUCCCCUCAUCUAUCUGGAUGGCUACACCUCACCAGGCUUUAAGAUGCUUGAAGCUUACAACCUGACAGAAAAGAAUUUUGCCUCCGUCCAAGGAGUCUCCUUGGAGUCUGGGUCUUUCCCCAGCUAUUCAGCCUUCAGACUUCAGAAGAAUGCCUUUAUCAAUCAGCCCACAGCAGAACUCCAUCCAAAUGGACUGCCUCCUUCAUACACGAUCAUAUUACUGUUUCGACUUCUUCCAGAAACUCCUAAUGACCCCUUUGCAAUUUGGCAAAUUACAGACAGAGACAGCCGGCCACAAGUUGGAGUUAUUGCAGACCCUUCCAGCAAGACACUAUCUUUCUUUAAUAAGGAUACAAGAGGCGAAGUACAAACUGUGACAUUUGACACAGAUGAAGUGAAGACAUUAUUUUAUGGAAGCUUUCAUAAGGUCCAUAUUGUAGUGACUUCAAAAAGUGUUAAGAUUUAUAUUGACUGCUAUGAAAUCAUAGAAAAAGACAUCAAGGAGGCUGGAAAUAUAACGACUGAUGGUUACGAGAUUCUUGGAAAACUUCUUAAAGGAGAGAGGAAAUCCGCAACAUUCCAAAUUCAGAGCUUUGACAUCGUCUGCAGCCCGGUGUGGACCAGCAGAGACCGAUGCUGUGAUAUCCCCUCCAGGAGAGAUGAAGCAAAAUGCCCUGCUCUUCCGAAUGCUUGCACGUGCACACAGGACAGCGUGGGACCUCCAGGCCCUCCGGGCCCUGCGGGAGGACCUGGUGCAAAAGGUCCCAGAGGUGAAAGAGGCAUCAAUGGGGCAGUUGGGCCUCCAGGUCCCCGUGGAGAUACCGGCCCUCCAGGCCCGCAGGGUCCUCCAGGCCCCCAGGGACCCAACGGACUCUCCAUUCCAGGAGAACAGGGUCGCCAGGGAAUGAAAGGUGAUGCAGGAGAGCCAGGGCUUCCUGGACGGACAGGAACCCCAGGAUUACCUGGCCCACCAGGACCAGUGGGACCACCAGGAGACAGAGGUUUCACUGGGAAAGAUGGUGCAAUGGGACCGAGAGGCCCCCCUGGGCCACCGGGAACCCCAGGUUCUCCAGGAGUCACAGGGCCAAGUGGGAAACCAGGGAAACCGGGAGACCAUGGCAGACCUGGUCAGUCUGGAUUAAAAGGAGAAAAAGGGGACAGGGGAGAUAUUGCUUCUCAGAACAUGAUGCGAGCAGUCGCAAGACAAGUCUGUGAGCAACUGAUAAGUGGCCAGAUGAGUAGAUUCAAUCAGAUGCUGAAUCAGAUUCCAAAUGACUACCACUCAAAUCGCAACCAACCUGGCCCACCAGGACCCCCAGGGCCCCCAGGCAGCGCUGGGGCCAGAGGAGAACCAGGGCCUGGGGGGCGACCAGGAUUCCCUGGCACGCCAGGGAUGCAGGGACCCCCUGGUGAACGAGGUUUGCCUGGAGAGAAAGGUGAAAGAGGCAUUGGGUCUCAAGGUCCCCGAGGGCUGCCUGGGCCACCAGGUCCACAAGGAGAAUCCAGAACGGGUCCACCAGGGUCUACAGGUUCAAGAGGCCCUCCUGGUCCCCCUGGUCGUCCUGGAAACUCAGGUAUCCGAGGACCCCCAGGCCCUCCUGGAUACUGUGAUUCAUCCCAGUGUGCCAGCAUCCCGUACAAUGGGCAAGGCUAUCCAGAGCCUUAUGUGCCCGAGGGUGGGGCCUACCUGCCUGAUCGCGAGCCCUUCAUCGUGCCUGUGGAGCCCGAGAGGACAGCAGAAUACGAGGAAGACUACGGUGCAGACGAGCCUGAACCGGAACCUGACCACAUGCGUUGGCGGCGAGCCCUGCGCCCACAUCCUGGCCAGUGA